GAGAGAGAGAGAGAGAGAGAGACAGAGAGACAGAGAGACACUCCAGGAAGUCUGAGACCACUGUGGACAGUGAGGGACAGAGCUUCAGGAUGUGAGACAACCUGGAGCAGCUUCUUCGACUGCGGUUUGACCAAUGUCUGUGUGAUUCUAAUGAGGCGCUUCAGGCUCCGGGAUGUUCAAGAUGUCGCUGUGUGUCUCAGCAUCACGUUAUAUAUCUGUGACCUAGCCGGAGCCAUCUCCAUCCAGUCCGCUCAGAGGAGCCUGACCAGGUCGGUGCAGGAGGAUGUGUUCUUCUCGCUGGACGUGUCCUGCGUCGGGAUCCCCACCAUACAAUGGAACUUCAUGUCAGGGGCGGUGAGCCGCACCAUAGGGACAUGGCAGCCCGGUGUGUACAGCAACAUCACGCUGGAUUACAGCAGCCGAGUGCGGCCCUACGACAACGGCUCCAUGGGCCUGUCCGACCUGCGGCUGCAGGACGCCGGAUACUACGUGGUCACUGUGACAGAAACGGAAGGAAGCAGCAAGGACACCGGGUUUGUCCUGAAGGUGAACG